ACCAGCAGACCUUUUUUUCUCUCGCAACCCCCCAGCAGAUUACCACCAUGCCCUGUGUGUCUGCCCCCUCGACCCCCUCCCCGGCCGGGGCGAACGCCGUGGAUACCACGCCCCCCGGUGGCGGCGCCCUCCCCGACAUGGCCUCCAGCGUGAUCGCCUCCUACGUGUCGCCGCUGGGCGGCUCGGCCGAGGAGUCCUCCGCCGCACACCCCUCCGUCUCGCUGGUGGACCUGCCCGACUCGGCAUCCAGCAUGAAUGCCCUGAGCCCGGAGGCCCGGAUGGCCCUCCUUCGGCGGCCGUGGCGCGGCCCGGUCGGCACCUACCCGGCCGUCUGGCUGGACGAGUUUGGCCGCGGCCACGGCGAGGGCGGCUUCGAGGAUGAGGCUGCGCACCUCGCCUUCAUCCACCAGCUCCCCAGCCCGCUGGCCAACCUGCCGGACCACCUGAAGCUCCCCCCCCUCUCCGAGGAUGAGACCCGCCGGGGCAAGAUCACCGUCGUCCUGGACCUCGAUGAGACCCUGGUCCACUGCCGCAUGCAGCCGUGGGAAACCUCGCACGAUGGCUACGACCCGGACCUCAACCCGAGCAUCACCAAUUUCUACGACGUCAACCGCAAUGAGCCGCCCCUGGAGGAGAUGGAGUUCGAGAUCGUCGUCAACGGCCAGCCCCUGCGGGUGUAUGCCCGGCUGCGCCCCAAGCUCCGGGAGUUCCUCCAGGCCAUGGCCGACGAGCCGGAGAUCUUCGACGUCGUGGUCUUCACCGCCAGCCAGGCCGUCUAUGCGGACGCCCUGCUGGACCGCAUCGACCCGGCUGGCAACUUGGUCUCGCACCGCCGCUACCGUGACACCUGUGUCCAGGUGGGCCCGCUCUUCGUCAAGGACCUUCGCGCCCUCGGCCGGCCUCUGGACCGCGUGGUCCUCGUCGACAAUGCCCUCCUCUCCUUCGGCUACAACAUGGACAGCGGCGUGCCCAUCCGGUCGUGGUACGGCCGCGACCGGUCGGACCGGGCCCUGCACGAGCUGACCGAGCUCAUGUUCGAGACGGCCGAAUUCUGCGGCACCCGCCGUCGCGAUGGCAGCCUCUUCCGCGCGGCCGAGGCCCUGGCCGCCCUGGGCACCACCGGCGCCUCCGCCUCCUCCCCCUCCUCCGGGUCAAGCGCCGCCUCGCUGUCCCCCUGCUCGGUGCUGACGCCGCCCCUGACCAAGCAGCUGUCCUUCAAUGGCACCGCCGCCGGCACCAGCCCGGCCGAUGCCGCCGCCGCCGCCGCCGCCCCGGCCAGCUCGUCCCAGGACUCCACCGACUCCGAGUCCGCGGAUGAUGACAGCGACACCGGCGGCGCCCCCUCGGCGGCGGCCCUCACUCGCGAUCGCUCCUCCUCCUCGGUGCACUCGCAGUCGGCGGCCGCCGACUCCAGCCAGCAGCCCCCCUCUCCCUCGGCCGGGACCGAGGGUGCCGAUGCGGCGGCCGCCGCCACCUCCUCGCCCAAGGCCCAGCCGCUGCGCGACAUUCGUGAGCUCCUGAUCGAGCGCUUCGCCAUGCCGAUGCGCCUCAACCGUCACAUCCCCCCGCCGCCGAUCACCGAGAGCGGCUGGUCCCUCGGGUGGUAAGGAAUGGGAAAGGGGGGGCG